AUGGAGAUCUUUUUCUACGUCCUCUUCGCACUGCUGCUGGUAGCGUGCUGCGGGCUGGAAUUCAGCAAAGGCCAGAAUGACCGCGUGCAGACGAACUCCGCGUUCGAGAGCUUCAAGAACAAUUAUCUCGUCGUCUACUGCCUCAUGAUGGCGGGAGACUGGCUGCAGGGCCCGUACGUGUACGCGCUGUACCAGCACUACGGCUACGAUCAAGGCGACAUCGGUCGCCUUUUCAUCGCCGGAUUCGGCUCAUCCAUGAUCUUCGGAACGAUCGUCGGUUCGCUUGCUGACAAACAUGGUCGUCGCAAUGCGAGCAUCGUCUACUGCGUCACGUACAUCCUGAGCUGCUUCACCAAGCACUCGCCGCAGUACGGCGUGCUCAUGGUGGGCCGCGUGCUCGGAGGCAUCGCCACCUCGCUGCUCUUCUCCGCCUUCGAGUCGUGGCUCGUCGCGGAGCACUUCAAGCGCGGGUACGACCCGCAGUGGCUGUCUGUGACGUUCUCCAAGGCCAUCUUCCUGGGUAACGGGCUCGUCGCCAUUCUCGCUGGACUCAUCGCCAACACGCUCGUCACGGACCUGUCGCUGGGACCCGUCGCGCCGUUCGACGCGGCGGCGGUGCUGCUGGCCAUCGGCAUGGCGGUUAUCAUCUACACGUGGCCCGAGAAUUACGGCGACCCGAACGAGAACAAGGGCCUGGCAACGCAGUUCAAGAAUGCGCUCUCUGCCAUCACGUCUGACGAGAAGAUCGCCCUGCUGGGCGCGAUCCAGUCGCUCUUCGAGGGCAGCAUGUACACGUUCGUGUUCCUGUGGACGCCCGCGCUCUCCCCCAACAACCAGCGCAUCCCGCACGGAUUCAUCUUCGCCACCUUCAUGCUCUCCUCCAUGAUUGGCUCCUCGCUCGCAUCGCGCCUCAUGGCGCGCCAGAACCUGCGCGUGGAGCUGUACAUGCAGAUCGUCUUCUCCGUCGCGUCCGUGUCGCUGCUCGUUCCCAUCUUCAACUUUAUGUUCAUUGAGCCAUCUCCUCCCGAGGGCGGCGGCAUCACGGCAGGAGGGCAGGUGCAGCUGGUGGGGUUCUGCCUGUUUGAGGUGUGCGUGGGCAUCUUCUGGCCGUCCAUCAUGAAGAUGCGCUCGCAGUACAUCCCGGAGGAGUCCCGCGCCACCAUCAUGAACUUCUUCCGCAUCCCCCUCAACAUCUUCGUCUGCGUUGUCCUCUACAACGUGAGCGCAUUCCCCAUCACGGCCAUGUUUGGCAUGUGCGCCUUCUUCCUAGCUAUUGCUGCCAUCCUGCAGCGCAGGCUCAUGGCAGCUGCGGUCAAGCAUGCCGCGUAUGCAUCCGUUGACAGUUGGGAGACUAAAGAGCUCAAGGAUAACAUCGAUGCUACUCCCCACGGCGCUAUGGCCCCUGCACACGGCGAGUACCCGAGUUCUGGGAUGUUCGCCAUGGCGUCAAUGAGCGGGAACCUCGGUGCGGCUCGCGAUGACACGGUCGGCAUGUUUGCGUCGUACGGAAGCUACGGAAGCAGCAGAAGCAGCAGGAGCGGCAGAAUCCCCAGUAGUGAUUUCACAAGCGAAGUGGACAUAAUAUCUACCAACAGCAGCAAUGCCACCACCGUCAGCAGCGGCGGCUUCGGCGCCUCUCACGACGGCGACUUCAUCGGCUCGAAAUCCGCCCGCUUCCCCUCAGACCUGCCGCCUUUCUUUCCCUCCUACAGCAACCAUUCUCGCAGCCCCAACCGCAGCCCCGCUCGCACGUCGUCCUCUCCCGUGCACCUCCCCGAUAACGUGCCGCGAUUUGGCGCCUUUUGCGGCGCGGCGACGGGCCAAUCGGGCGAGUUGCGCCUCGGCGGAGGGGAUUAUUCCUCCCGCCCCUCCAGCGCGGGUGGGUCUCCCCUCGGCUCCCCCUCGCCCCAGCCGCCGCCGCGCCUAUCCGGGGAGUUUUUCCGCGAUGCCACCUUAAGCAAUGGCGUUAACGGCCCAUACCCUUCAAUUUCGGCGGCGACGACGGCUUUUUAUCGCGAUCCGACUCUCAGCGGCGGGAACUGCAACUCCGGACCGUUGCCGCGAAUCCCGCGAGAUACAAGCCGCACCGGCUCGCCGUUCGGCGGUUCGCCGUUAGCAUCCGCGACGAACUCGCCGCGCAACUUCUCCCGCAGCAACAGCGGGAGCGGCGCCGCCGGCGGCGCGAGGAUCGCGAUAAAAGAGCCGACGUUCAACUCAAAGGGCAUGUCUUUAAGCGCCGCAAUAAGUAUGUCGCAUAAGGAGCAGGUGCAGCGAUGGAGCCUCAACCACGCGCUACCGCAGCAGGUCAGCGGCGCGACCAGCGGCCAUCCGUUCCCCGCUUCUAACCUCCCUGACGCUCAAUACAGUCACACGCAAGUUCACGGCGUGGGUGCUGAGGAUGGCGGUACGGGCGCGUGUGCCGCGCGUUCCGGCGCGUCAGAAAUCGCGAUGCGGUCGCUGCACGGGCGCCGCACAAGCAGCGGUAUGAUGCGCAUGACCGGCGGCUGUGGCGGCGGGGGCGGCGGCGGCGGUUACGGCGGAUUCUCCACGCUAGGUUCCCCUGAUAACCUGCUCUUCCCCCCGCACAGCGCUCUGCCCCUCUCCGCGGGGACAUCCCCCGAUCACCCGCAUUUCGUCGGCGCGGCGGCGAGUGGCGGAAUCGGGAGGAGCCACUUGGCGGGUGGGGAGGUUGUGCGCAGUCAUUCGCUGCUGCGGACGUCGAACUGCGCCGGACCCACGCGCUCCGAAAGCAAGGACGACCUCACGCUACUGAUGGACGCGCGCGCGCGCAACAAGCUCGGCGCGCAGGGCGACUGGGCGCAGUCGGGCUCGCGCAGCCCCGACAGCCGCGCCUUCUCCGCCAGCAGCCGCGGCAUCGGCAGUGGCUCGUUUCAGCCCGUCAUGGAUUUCCGUCCCUACAACGGUGCUGCUUCUGCUGCUACUGCUGCUGGUGCAGGUGUUGGUGGUGGAGGUAUGCGGACGUCGGGAGGAGGGAAGGGCGCGUUCAGUGGUGCUCUCAGUAUGGACUUGGAGUCGGACCUGGCGGGCGUGUCACUGACUGAGUCCGACUGCGUGCCCGUGGGGGGCGUUCUGCACUCCAGCUGCGUGGGCAACACAGCUAUAGCAGCAGCAACAGCACGAGGAGGAGAGGGCACGGGAGAGGGAGAGAACGAAGAGGAGCUGUCGCUGGUGCCAUGCCUCAACUGGGAAGCGGUGGAGGCGCUGUGUCUAGACAUGGAGCUGGACCGCCGGCGCAUAGAGGCCAUUCACAUCCUGCACUCCGCCCCCCCUGCUCCUGCCUCGCCUGCUGCACAGCCAGGUGCAGGGGCAGGCACAGGGGCAGGGGGGGCGGCAGGCGCGGGAGGUGUGUCUUCCUGCUCUAGCGUGGACCCCCCUGUGCUGUAUGCACUGCAGUUUGCCGGAGCAGAUGAGUGGUACUGGCCGGGCUGUGGUGGGCUGCUUGGUGCGACUGCCACUGCCACCGUGGCCUGA